AUGAAAGAUACUAUAGUUCUCUACCCAGCUCCUGGCAUCAGCCAUCUAACUUCCAUGGUUGAGCUGGGCAAGCUCAUCCUCCGCCACUACAACUCACGUUUCUCCCUCACAAUCGUCAUAACAAGCGCCUCUUUUGACAGCGCCAAGAUCGACCCUUACAUCGAGCAAGUUUCUCAGACAAACCCUUCAAUAGCCUUCCACCGCUUCCCUUCUCUUCCCAACCGUCCUUCCCUUAAACCCCCUGUCCACCCUGUCGCCAUACUAUUGGAAUCAAUUAGCCUCAACAACCCAAACCUUCUCCACACCCUCAAAACCAUCUCUGAAACCUCUUCCAUUGCAGCCCUUGUAAUCGAUUUCUUCUGCAACCCAGCUUCCCAUGUCGCCACCGAGCUCAGCAUCCCUCUUUACUACUACUUUCCGACUAAUGCCUCUAUUGUUGCCAUGUUCCUCCAUCUCCCAAUCCUCCAUAACGAGACCGACAAGAGCUUCAGAGAGCUUGGCAACACUAUUCUUCACGUCCCAGGAUUGCCCCCAGUUCGAGCUUCACAUAUGUCGGCAUCUUUACUCGAUCGGAACAACCAGGUUUACGAUAAUAUGUUGGGUCUGGGUACCCAACUCCUCAAAUCGAAGGGAAUUAUAUCAAACACCAUUGAGGCACUAGAGCCAGAAGCAAUCAAGGUGAUCAAGAAUCAAACGCCGGCCAUUUUCUGUGUUGGACCUAUGAUUACAGAACCCGGAGAUCAAUCUAGUGCCGCCGAUUGGUUGUCAUGGCUUGAUAAGCAACCAAGUGGGAGUGUUCUGUUCCUGUGUUUCGGCAGCCGUGGUGUGUUUUCGGUGAAGCAAAUUUCAGAGAUCGCUGUUGGGCUAGAGAGGAGUGGACAGAGGUUCUUGUGGGUGGUGAAGGACCCUCCACCAAUCGAUACUGGUGUAAGGAUGAUGUCUCCGUUAUCUACCAUGGAUUUCGAUCUUGAAGCUGUGAUGCCGGAGGGGUUUCUGGAGCGGACAAGAGAUAGGGGUUUGGUUGUGAAGUCAUGGGCGCCGCAGGUGGAGGUGUUGAAUCGAGAAUCGGUUGGUGGAUUCGUGACUCAUUGUGGGUGGAACUCGGUCUUGGAAGCUGUGUCUGCUGGGGUUCCAAUGGUGGCGUGGCCGCUGUAUGCAGAGCAGCAUAUAAAUAAGGAGGUUUUGGUGGAGGCUAUGAGGGUGGCAUUACCAAUGGAGGCGGCGGACGAGGAUGGGUUCGUGGUUGCUGCCGAGGUUGAGAAGCGAGUCAGAAUGCUGAUGGACUCGGAUGAGGGUACAAAGAUGAGGAAACUCUGUGGAGAGAUGAAGGGGAUGGCCUUGGCUGCGUGGGCAGAGAAUGGGUCCUCUCGGGCUGCUUUUAACGACCUUGCCCAGUCAUGGAAUCGGGGAUGA